UGACUCAACCUUCGCCCCGGACCAGAGCUCAAUCGGUAUGCCUACCGAUCCGGAUCCCAAAAAGGAGAUCAAGUGGCUGCGACCCAAGGAAUGUUUGGUGAUCAUCUAGGGAUGCCUUGAAGAUGGACAAGUCGAUCGUGAUCGACCGAUUGGUGACAACUGGGCUACAUCAGGCCCCCCCCCCAGCUAUGCAGUGCUAGGGAAGGAAAAAAAGUGCAUCCAGGGGGGGCCCCAGGACAGAGUUUGGGGAACCCUGGUCUACAUGAUAGCCAGCCAUGUGGUCACUCUCAAAAACAUACUUCUAAAUUGCAAUAGUCACAUUUCUUAGUCAUGCUUAUUUUAUGGAUAUCUGUAGCCUAUGUUAUCAUUUUUACAUUGACAUUAUGAAUUGAGGUUGAUGAGGAUAUGAGUAGCUCUAGUUGUGUACAAUUGGGUGAUGCUCAUGGACAGAUGUAGGCUACACCGGAGCUGACUCACUGUCAGGUGUGGUCUAGUUCUGAGGAAGAUAGAUUGAUCUGCUGGAGCGUAUUCAGAGAGAGAAGAGAGCGAAUUGACAGAACGGAGAAUGUUCAGAGAGAGAAAAGAAAGAGAACUUACAGAGUUUGUGCCAAACAGCUGGACAGGAAAUCACUAAAAGCAGAAAAGACAUGGAAAGAGGAGAACAACCGAAGAAGCCAUGAAACGUCUGUGAUGCAGUUGAAAUCAGGAACAUUGCUUUGUCAUCAUCCAGUCAACUGUUAUGUGAAUGAAACAAAGAGUUACACAUUCCCUCAGACAGUGUAAACUGUAGUCUUUGAACUCUGCCCUGUGUCUCUCUCUCUCUCUCUCUGCAGGAGAUCAGUGCCAAUGCUGUGUUUGUGGAGGACACAACCUGCACCACCGAUAUCUGCCAGGGCCAGCUGGGUGACUGUUGGCUUCUGGCUGCCCUGUCCUGCCUUACCAUGCACCCCAAUCUCUUUGUCAAAGUGGUACCACCUAAUCAGAGCCUGACAGAAUCCUAUGCUGGCAUCUUCCACUUCACGUUCUGGCAGUAUGGUGAGUGGGUGGAGGUGGUAGUGGAUGACAGGCUGCCUGUACGCGGAGGCCGCCUGCUCUUCAGCUACUCCUGUACCCGCAACGAGUACUGGAGCGCCCUGGUGGAGAAAGCCUAUGCCAAGCUGAUCGGGUCAUAUGGCAGUCUGAAGGGGGGUAAUAUCUCUGAGGCGAUGGAGGACUUCACAGGGGGCAUAGCCUACUCCCUACCUGUAUCCUCACGCACCCCCAGGAUCAUGUGGAAAGCCCUCUCUGAUGCCCUGUCCCGUGGCAGCCUGCUCAGCUGCUUCAUACAGGCUAGUAACUAUCUUGAGAUAGGCACAGUGACUGCAGAGGGACUGGUGAAGGGCCAUGCCUACGCCAUCACAGACACUGACACGGUGAAGAAUUCGGCUGGUGAGGCCUUGUUACUGAGGCUGAGGAACCCCUGGGGCUUUGUGGAGUACUCUGGACCCUGGAGUGACAAGAGUAAAGACUGGGAUGAUGUGAAUGCUGCUGAAAAGAAAAGGAUUGAGCUGAAAAAUAGUGAGGACGGAGAGUUCUGGAUCAGUGCGGAGGACUUCAGCAAGCUGUUUGGCACAGUGGAGCUGUGCAGUGUGGACCCUGACCCCAUAGUGGACGAGGACACACCCACCGACCCCGACUCCCCUGCCGCCCCCAUCUCUUCCUGGACCCUCAGCUCCCAUAAAGGCUCCUGGGUAUCGGGCUCCACUGCAGGGGGAAGCUGUACUUACCCUCGAUCCUUCUGGAAGAAUCCCCAGUUCCAGCUUGUCCUUGCCGAGCAUGAUGACGAUCAUGCGAUGACUCCGGAGGAGAAGAAGGUGGCCGAGAAUCAGAAGGAGAAAGCGAAGCAGUGCACCGUGUUGGUGGAACUACUGCAGAAAAACCGGAGAAAGAAGGACAAAGUCAACUUCCUCCACAUCGCCUUCCACAUCUACAGGGUUCCUCCAAAGCUCCAGGGCCUGUGUCUGGACCAGAGCUUCUUCUCUUCCCAGCAGCCUGUGGGGAGUUCUGGGAAGUACCAGCCCCUGAGGGCUGUGUGGAGGGAGGUGAGGCUGGACCCGGGAAACUAUGUGAUUCUGGCUUCCACCUACAGUCCCAACCAGCCUGCGGAAUUCUUCCUCCGCGUCUAUUCCAAGACCGGCAACAAUCUGGGGACCAAAGAUUUCACCUGCUCCACUGGCUUCAUCAUGGUAAUGUCAAUGCCACCAGUGUUGCCAGAGGAUCGCAAGAGAGUACAGAAGACCUUUGAUGAGAUGGCGGGGCCUGACGACAAGCUGAAUGCUAAGGAGUUCAUGAAGCUGGUUAACUCAGUUUUGGAGAAAGACUACCAGCUGCCACUGGAGACAUGCAGGCAGCUCAUCUUUGGAGAGGAUACUGGGGGGCGUAGCAGUCUGACCCGAGAGCAGACAGAGCCUGUGCUGGCCUCUCUUCGCAGUCUGCAGUCCAUCUUCUUCAAGUUUGAUCAGGACUCUUCAGGGACCAUGAGCCCCUUUGAGCUUAGUCUGGCCCUCCAAGCUGCAGGGGUGCAGUGUGAUGGCCAGGUCAUACAGGUGCUGUGGGAGAGGUUUGGCUCUGGGGAGCCGCAUCUGCCUUUCCAUGGCUUUGUGGCCUGUGUCACCAGGCUGCGCAAGCUAUUCGCCCUGUAUAAAUCAGAGAGCAACCCAGAGGUCAAAGAUGUGGGAAUCAAUGCCUGGCUGCUCCGACUCCUGACCGUGUGAGUGUGCUCUGCAAACGGGGUCUCUGCGUGGGCACUGCAGGGGCAUUCUGUCUGACCAGGACCAUAUGAUAACAUCAUGCUUCUGUCGGCGUCCUCGUCCACACACACACACACACACACACACAAUCCCUGAACUUUGUCACCAUACUAUACACCACUGCCAUAUUGUCCUAUAGUGCUUUACAUUCAUUUACAUGGAUAGUACCUCUGGAGUUAGUGUCACUACUAAUGUAUUUGAUGUGUACACAGAUAUGAAUCUGUAAAUGUUCAUUUGUUUCAGCUAUUUCCGCAAAGUAAUUGAGUCAAGUAUUUUCAGUUUUACAGCCAAGUAUUUCUUAAAACUCAAAUAAUGAGGUGGUAUUGCCCAACAGCUAAAAUAAUGAAAAUGUAUUUGAAGCUCUGGAAAUUAAAAUGAAAAACACAAUAAUGAAAUGUAUCCGAAAAUGAAUCUUUGCAAACAUGAAUCUGCUUUGAUAAUGUAAAAUUAUUUCUGUGUUUAUAAAUACAAUCCAGCCUCACACACACACGGUGAGUACGGCCUGCCCCGGUGAGGGAUUGAAGGUGAGGUCUCAGCCGCGCUGCACUCGCCAUCUCUAUUCUUAUCAUACUGACGCCACGUACAGCAUCAACACGCACUCGCCGCCUCCUCCACUACGUUCCCUCGCUCCCUCCCUCCUUUGCUCCAUUCCUCCCUCCCUCGCGCUCUCUCUAGUAACUCUGUCUCACACUCUGCCUCCUUCUCCCUCUGGUUACCCUCCGUGCUCUGUCACACACAAACAUUUAUGCUCUUGUCCUUUCUCCUGAUUCUCCUAUAAAUAGAAGCUUUGCUCACACACAGCUUCUUCCUGUUCGUCUUUAUGCGACUACAGACAGGUUGCCCGGUUGCCCGUGGCAACAGUCCAUCCACCUCGGGACAGAAAGGGAGCGUAGUAGACAGAUGUGUAACGUGACUCUAUUUCUCCACCUUUGUCUCUCGGUCUCUCUGGAUUCUGGUUCAGCUGACUGAGUUCUGUAUGAGGUGAGUUAGUGCGACAGCUGUGGUCUAGCCGAGGGUGGAAAAAUAGACAUCACUGGGCCCAAGAGACAUAAUACACAUGUACCAGGAUGGGGCCCUCCUUUCUGUGUCUCUCUUUCCGCUAAAAAACAAACACACCACACACACCCUAGGGGCUGUAUCAGCUCAACCCAGCAAAGAUAUCAUUACAUGUAUUGCCCUGUAUUGAGUCAUCUGAAAUUCAACAGCUGAAUUUGAACCAAAUUUGAACUGCCUUUUACCCCUACCAAAUGUAUCCAUCUUCUCCUUUCAUCUCCCCCCCACCCUCCUUUCCCUAUUUUUUUUUUACAAUUCCUAAAAUAGCCCACUAAGCCCCCCAUCACCUGCUCUAUGCAUCCACCCCCCAACCCACUGGUGAGGUACUGACUGUGAUGCUAAAGGCUAGAUUAGUAGUUCCUGCAUGUAGGUCUAUAGACAGUGGUGUAAAGUACUUAAGUAAAAAAUACUUGAAAGUGCUACUUAAGCUGUUUUUUGGGGUAUCUGUGCUUUACUAUUUAUAUUUGACAACUUUGACUUUUUCUCCACUACAUUCCUAAAGAAUAUACUGUACUUUUUAGUGCAUACAUUUUCCCUGACACACAAAAUUACCCGUUACAUUUCGAAUGCCUAGCAGGACAGGGAAACGGUCUAAUUCACACACAUCAAGACAACAUCCCUGGUCAUCCCUACUACUUGUUAUCUGUCAGACUCACUAAACACAAAUGCUUCGUUUGUAAAUUAUUUGUGUCUUGCAGUGUGCCCCUGGCUAUCCGUAAAUAAAACAUGAAA